GGAGGGAAUGUUCUGCACGAAUCUAACAAAAAUAUAUAAAAUAUACAAAAAUACAAUUAUAUCCACGCGUAUAAGCGACUUUAUUUAAUAAAAGAGAAGUGUCCUAUAAAAAACGGGACACCGUGCGCUAAUGGGUUAAUGGAAACAUGACGGGGACGCGGCGACAACACGUCGAGCCGUCGGAGCCGACGUAAGUUCGCAAUUCCGGAAGCGAAGUCGCCUGCGCUUUCUAAUCGACGCAUCUCUAAAUAAAGCGAACGGUGUCCUUACUGUCCCGCCGACUGCAGUCGGUGGCCGAAGCGGCUGCUCAUCUGCCGACUCUACAUUGAACUAUCUGUUGCCUCUGGAGCGGCGCCAAGAUCCGGUGAAAUAAAGAAACGCCGUAUGAGCGAAGGCUCGGGCUGGCGUUUCUCGUUCUCCCUCCGAUCGACUUCCCGCCCCGAUCAUUAUCCGAAUACCCUCCACGCGGGUAAUUAUCGCGCGAUGUAAACCGUCUCGUCGAAUAACGCGCCGGGUGUAUUUCCGUCGGCAUAAGCAAACACGAUCGGCGAGCGCGAAAUAACGAGGGAACUAAACUCGGUUCAUCUCGCCUUCGAAAAUAGAACAAUUAAUACGUUGUAUGUGUUUGUCUGACUUAUUAAUAAUAGCUGGGUUUCACUCGGAAAUGAAUAAAUUCUCCGGCGACUGGCGCCAAACCGGAGCCAAACAUAAUAAUUUCCAGUGCGCGGCGCCAUAUUUUGUUGCUACUUUGCGCCUUUGUUAGUAAUAAUAGGCGUGAACAGUAAUACUCAACUCGAAUAUUUACUGAACAAUGCUUAUUUAUCCUACUGACGUUCCACGGUUGGAGCCGUUUUAUCAUCGAUUGUGCACGUGACCGAGCGAGACGCGGGAAUUACUGUAAUAAUAACUGAUUUCUAUAUUAUUAAUAUUUUCAUCACAAUUAUCACGAUAAUUUUCGUGAUAAUUAAUUGUCAAUAUUGAGUGAAAAUUUGAGCGAUUUUAGUGAUAAUGAUGAUUGAUGGUGUAAUUAUGUUCCAUUAACAUAAUGUUCUCUUAAUAUAUAUAAUAAGUGUAUUGUAUUUUGAUAUAACGAAGCGCUCAUUAAAAGAUCGAAGAUUCAAAUUUUAACGAUAGGCCGUGCGAAAUAAACGCGUUACAUGAAGUUGCAGAUUACAAACGGAUGAAAAAUAUGACAAACGCUUUUUCUCGUAUCAUUGAAUAUCGAUCUUAAUCAUGGCUAAACAAUUCAGCUUAAAUAUCGUCCAAAAUGCAUGACAAAUUUUGGUAUAAAAAUGUAAACACACGUAAACACACACCAUUACAACUUGACCGCUGAAUAGCACGAGAACAUUUGGAAACCUUACAAUGCAUAAUUGAAGUGCAAAAUUAAAUAUUACAAAAUAUGGGUGACCGAUAGAAGAGGUAAGCGAAAGCAUCUGGAACUUUUUAGCAGAUUAUUACCAAUGAACGGACAAUUAUUUAUAUAUUGCAAACUUUCCACAUAAUUAAUGACAAUAUAAAAAAAUCAGGAACAUACCAAGAAUGAUUCAAAACUCCUAAAGCAUCCUCGUGCAGCUCUUCCCAUCUUCUCUCCGCAUUUCGGAAACUAAAUUAUCCAGAUGAAUCAUUACGUCUCGACCUAUAGGCAGGACUACACUUGUCCUCAAAUGUCACGUGUACGUCAACUUCCAUCACCGCAAAUCACAGAUCACGAAAUCGCAAAAAGUACCGCUUGUAUCUGCACGGAUUCGCAGAAAGCGCUCGAAAAGCUCUUACAUGUAUACGGGGAAUCUUCCGGCUGGAGUUGUACAGGUCUAAUGGAACGACCACUGAAAUUUAAUCUCACCAUAGAUAAAGAUAAACCAGAUAAACCCAAAUCAAAACCGGUAAAUUAUCUCAGAACUUUGUGUAACAUAAUCACUUUUAGUCUCUGUGGAUUUAAAUUACCAAUACGAAGCUGUGAAGAGCCAAGCACAGUAUUUUAUAAACUUUUAAAGCCCGCAGUAAAACGUCCCGAUCCGUGCGAAGAACUUAACGAUGAAAUAUUGGCGCGAGUAACUGCUGACCGUUUCAAGACCACAUAUCAAAUAGAUUACAGCGAUCCUGCGGCCGCACGCAUGGCGCAACGUGACAAGCCGUCGAGGAUCGCCGAAAGAGAUUGUGAGCAAAUGCAGUGUUGCUUGCCAAUUAGAGUUAUUAUACAACCUGAUUCUCGGCCGCAUUGUUAUUCCCAUCUCUCGAGAGACGACAAAACCUUGAAAGCCAAGAAAUGCGAUUCUCCACGAAAAGACGUACCAAAAUGCGGAAAGAAGAAGAGCGAAGAUGACGACAGAGGGCGCUUGUUACCUUGGAAAUCGGAGUAUCAAGAUAGCAUCGGCAAAAUCGGUCAUGGCAUUAUCAAAGUUAAAUUGCAUCACGCCAAAAGUAAUGUUGUACCAGUGCGCAUUACAUCCAAUUGAGGCUAUCAGAAAAUCUGCAAUUAAUUAAAUAUGCACAAACUUAAUUUGAAGUGUGAAGUUAGACAUCUCUGAAUAAAACGUGAAAAAUAAAUAAUGUACGAAGAA